AUGACAAGAGGAGGGGAGUACGAAAUCGACAUCGCGGGCGCAUCAUGGCUGCUUCGGGGCGCGCUGAAGAAUAACGAACAGCUGAAAAGAAUCCCAGAUCGGUCACCCUGGUCCCUGAACUCUUUCUCCCUCACGCGAGGAUGUCGACACAGGUCGGACAUCACGAAGCCUUGCGUUUGGUUCUCCGGUGAUGUGGUUAAUAAAGAAUACGAAAAGUGGAGUAAGACUAAUAGCGAUCCCCUCCCUAAUAUCUGUAAAUUGGCCUCGAAAUCCUACUUGAAUGACAGAAAGGAGAACACCAGAAGGAUAUAUGCGGGCCGGCGUCGCUCCUUACUACCUCAAUGCUAUGACAUCGAGGAUGAUGAAUACGACCUCUCCAGUAUCAAUUUCAACAGAAAAGUACCGAGCCCCAGUUUCAACCUAAACAAUUUCACUAAGGUAAGUCCAGUAAACAAAAGUCCAAUUCAAAUCAAAAAUACUAUAGCCGUAGAUAAAUCAAAUACCAUAUCGAAUGAUCAAACUCAACUGAAAAUGCAUUAUUUAGGAAUUUCAUUUUAA